AUGAAGUGCGGCCACAGCACGGAAAUGCUUGCUUUUAGUAAAGACGAAACCAUCCCCGAAGAGCAAAUCAUUUUAAAUCCAGGAGAAAGUCUGAAGCCUCUGGAACCAGCUCAUUCCCCUCAGUGCAACUGCAAUAAUAAGAAUAUUCUUAGAAGAACUUACAGGCUUUUUUUAAAGCGAAAAGAGCAACCACAAGGAUGCAUAAAUUCAAUAAAAUUAAGCGAAAAAGUAAAAAUCACAGACGCAGAGAUUUCCUACUAUUACAUCUUGAACCAGACAAAAAUAGAUUGCCAAGGCUACAAUGAUGCCAGCUGCCAAAUCACCUUGGAUGUCGAAAGGACCUAUAAUGAUAUACCUUACUUCAGCCAAGGAAACGGUAAAAUUAUUCUCAAAAGAAUGCUUUUAGCAUACGCAAAAUACAACCCCAACCUUGGCUACGUCCAAGGGAUGAACUUAAUAGCUGCAGCAUUGCUUUGGCAUACCUCAGAAAUUCAUGCAUUUUGACUGCUUGUAAGCUUGAUCAACGAUUUUGACCUAACAGCUUUGUUUCUACCUGGAUUUCCAGGUUUGGAGAAGCAUUGCCAUGUGGCCGAUUUCAUGCUGAUUGAGUAUCUUCCAGCAUUGUAUGAGCAUUUAUCAAGGCAUGGGAUAAUGACUCAAAUGAUCAUGAUUGAAUGGUGUCUUACCUUAUUUACGUCAGUAAUACCAUUGGAUGACACUAUAUGAUUUUUCAAUAAAUUCAUCAAGCAUCGUUGGGUGUUCUUUUACAAGGUUUUUUUAGAAGUGCUGGAAAGACUGGAAGAAAAAAUAAUUAGAGACUCAAUUGUAACAAUUAUUAAUUAUUAAUUGUUUCUAAAGUUUUUUGUAUAUAAGCAUUUAUUUAAAAAAAAUUGUCUUCGUUCUCUCAAAGGGAGGAUAAUUUUCCCCAAAGCAGGAUUUCUCCAAUGUUUUUGUUUGCUUUUGAAGGGGUGAGCUAGGUGCAAUAGCGCCGCAGCAAUUUUGAAGAUAUAGAAAUUGCCCGAUGAUGGCGCUCAAUGCGCCAUCAUCGGGCAACGUCUUUUCAGGGUCCACACGGGAAAUGUGUUCCACAUGUGGAGGCCUUUUUAAACACGUAGAGAAUCCUCAUUCCACACGUGGAGCCCAUUUCCCGUGUGGACCCUUAAAAGAUGUUGCCCGAUGAUGGCACAUUGAGAGCCAUCAUCGGGCAAUCAGUAUAAUUCAAAAGAGAAGAAAUACUCGACAAAUUUGGGAUGAAUUUUUAAGUGAAAUGGAGAAGCCACGUGAGAAAUUGACAUGGGAAAAGCUAAUUAAGCAUGCAAAAGAAAAAACCAUUAAUGAAGUUUGUAUCAAGUAUUUACUGGGACAAUUUUAUAAUAUCAGUUAA